AUGAAUAUUAAUUUAAUAUUAAUUGUCAUUUUUAUUCUAUUGAAUCGAUUGAAUGGUGAAACCCCUCUCAGUACACAAACAACCAUUACUAUGGCGACAACUAAUCUAACUACUUCAAUAAAAGCGAAAAUGACGACAACUGAGCCACCACUUAUCUUCAUUUACUGGAAUGAUUCUGAAUCAAGAAGUCGUCCAAAAAAAUGGAUCACAAUGUGGUCAGUGGUUAUUACAACUGUCUUUUAUUAUUUCAUAUCAAAAUAUUGA